GGGCUCGGGCCGGGCCGGACGGCGGCACCCGCAUGGCCCGGAGGGCCCCGGGCCCCGCUUCUCGUCUGGGGCCGGGCGGCGGGAGCAGCAGGCCCUGCUCCGGGGGAGGGCACUUAUGCCUGGACGGCCGCGCUCAGCCCCAAACGCUGUUUCUCUUUCAGAGGAUACGACGGGAAAUCUGAUCUUCACGUUGGAAUAACCAACACCAACGGUAAAAUGUAGUUUGUAGCUGCCUUACAAACCCGCUGCCUCGCUCCUCUAUGCCCAGUGCAACUCUGCACCCCUCUGCCUAAGGAGUGGUGUAUAACUACAACGAAGAAGGCAUUCACAGAGAUGAAACUGGAUGGGAACAGUGCGUUAGUAUCCCACUAGUACAACCAGAUAUGUUUGAGCUUCUUCAGCAGUGGGAUAAGCUCCUAGAGGAUUUUUCUGUGGGAGAGGCCUGGCUUCCUCACAGGUAUGAAGAACAUGACCACAAUUGCUACACAUACGCACUAGCAUUCAUUAACAGUAUACUGACUGCACAAGGAAAGCAGCAAAUGAGUAAAAGUGAAUUUACAGAGAAAUUUGUGAUCCCACAGACAAAGAAUGCUUCUAAAUAUAUUACCCUGCAUCAGGAGCUAACUACUAAAGAUUUCUACAUUGUACCCCUUCCUGAUCGAGAAAACCAGUGUGGAAAUUGACAAGUUGUGACAUUAAAACACCUACAAAAUACAACAUGAAAAGGAAGCCUUAAGACUCCAAAUCUCAGGGUUUAAGAUAUAUGAACUGCUUGGUGUAUUUAAAAACACAACUUUAUGUAUGUUAACCUGCGUAUUAUGGAAGGAUCGUGAAACUAAAUUUGUGUAUUUUGAAUAAAAUAACAUGCACAUGAUGUACAUGCUACAGAAAGUUUCUAUGGAAACUGGAUAUGGAGAAAAUGUUUUCCUUUUUACAUUCACUAUACACUGUGUUCUGCCAAGAGGCUUAAUAUCAGAAAUCGUAACUGCUGGGUAAUCAAGGGUUUUAACAAGUUAACUGUUGUAACUUAAGCUGUAUCAAACCAAACCAUCACUUUUCCUCAGCUGUCACAUUUGUUUACAGAUAGGCGAAAAAGGAAAUUAUACUUGCCUGCUGCUCAAGUCUAAAGUCCAUGACAACGCAAAGUCAUUUUCCUUUACUUCAAUUACUAAUAAAUAUAACAAGUAAAUCCA